UUAGACAUCAGCGAUACCAACGUGGCAGGCAUCGGGAGCGAGGAGGACAAGGGUCUUCGCAAGUCGGCCGCGCAGAAGGAGGCGGCCUGGAAGGGCUGCGGUAGGGCGCCAGGCGUCGAGGUGUGGCGAGUUGAGCAGUUCGAAAUCAAGCCGUGGCCAAAGGAGGAGCACGGCAAGUUCUACAAGGGCGACUCGUACAUUGUCCUCCAUACCCACAAAGAGGACGGCUCGACCAAGCUCCUCUACGACUUGUACUUCUGGCUGGGGCAAGAGUCGACGGCGGACGAGCAAGGCACCGCCGCCUAUAAGACGGUCGAGCUCGACGACUUGCUCGAUGGCGCUCCGAUCCAGCACCGCGAGGUAAUGCUUCACGAGAGCAACGCCUUUCGCUCGCUCUUCAAGACCGUCUCAUACCUCGAGGGCGGCGUCGACUCGGGCUUCAACAAAGUCGAGCCCGGUGCCUUCAGCAGCCGCCUGCUGCAAAUUAAGCGUGUCAAGAAGAACACGGCCAUCAUCCAGGUGCCCUGCCGGGCGACGUCUCUCAACCAUGGCGACGUUUUUAUCCUUGACACGGGUGCGACCAUCUACGCGUGGGAGGGCGCUGACUGCUCGCCGUUUGAGAAGCUCGCGGCCGACCAGGCUGCCUACGAACUCGCGUCUGAGCGCAAUGGCGCGUCGUCCAUCUCGAGGGAGGCGGACGAGUACUUCUGGAGCAAGCUGGGCGGGGAACCGAGGCAGAUCGCCAGCAAGGAGGAGGCGGGCGAGACGCUGCCAAAACCGCCCGAAGGCGGCGAGGCCGUCCUCUUCCAGCUCUCAGACUCGAGCGGCGAGCUCACGAUGAGCGAGGUUGGACGCGGCAGCCUGGGGAAGGGCCUGCUCCACUCCGAUGACGUGUACGUGUGCGACGCCGGAGGAGAGGGCCUGCUCGUCUGGGUCGGUGCGGGCGCCACGCAAAAGGAGCGCGCCGCGGCCAUGAACACGGCGACUAAAUACCUCAAGCAGUACGGCAAGAAAACUAGCACACCUGUAACGGUGCUCAAGGAGCACGGG